AAUCCAAAAAAAAAAAACAGUGUAAUAAUCAAAUUGCACAUAAGGCAGAUCUGUUUCUAUAAUCUUCGAACCAAGCAGCCGAAGGAUUCUACUUUACUGUUUCUAUCUUUGGAAAGGAAGUGAUGAACGAAUCGAGGAUGAAGGCGGCGAAGAGGCCGAUUCACGCCGUGACGACAUGGGUUCGCCGGCAACCACCGAAGGUCAAAGCUUUUCUCGGUGUUGUUUCAGCCAUGACUGCUCUCGUUUUCCUAAGAAUGAUUGUUCAUGAUCACGACAACCUUUUCGUCGCCGCCGAGGCUGUUCAUGCCCUCGGAAUCUCUGUUCUCAUCUACAAACUCACCAAGGAGAAGACUUGCGCAGGAUUAUCUCUGAAGUCACAAGAGCUAACGGCUCUGUUUUUGGCCGUGAGGCUGUAUUGUAGUUUUGUGAUGGAAUUUGAUAUUCACACAUUGCUUGAUUCGGCUACAUUGGUGACUACCCUUUGGGUUAUCUAUAUGAUCCGUUUUAAGCUCAAAGCUAGUUACAUGGAAGACAAAGACAAUUUCGCUAUCUACUACGUCGUUAUACCAUGUGCUGUUCUAUCAGUCCUAAUUCACCCAUCCACACAUCACCAUAUAAUCAAUAAGAUUUCUUGGGCCUUCUGCGUUUACCUUGAAGCUGUUUCAGUCCUUCCUCAACUUAGAGUCAUGCAAAACACUAAGAUUGUGGAGCCAUUCACAGCACAUUACGUAUUUGCUUUGGGGAUAGCUAGGUUCUUGAGUUGUGCACACUGGGUCCUUCAGGUUUUGGACACUAGGGGGCGGUUAUUGACUGCUUUAGGAUAUGGUUUCUGGCCUAUAAUGGUCUUGCUCUCUGAAAUCAUCCAGACCUUCAUUCUCGCGGACUUCUGCUACUAUUAUAUCCAGAGUUUAAUGGGCGGUCAGCUCGUUCUUCGUCUCCCAUCAGGUGUUGUGUAAAAUUUGCUGGAGAAGAGAGAAGAAGAUACUGUGUGGCUUUGUGCUUAUGGUAUGGAGUUUGGCUCUAUGUUUUUGCAGGCUAUCGUUUUAGUCUUCUCUAAACUCUUCCUCUGACUUUUAUGUUCUUUUUUUUUUGGAGGAUUGUAAAGAAAAAAAAGGAGUUGAUAGAUUUUGACAUAUUAAUCUUGAAUAUUAGCCUCUCAGCUUUUGAUUUUU